AUGUCAUCUGAUCUUAAAGUAUUGAUCACUGAACUUGAGGCUAAGAUAACUGAUGAGAAAGCUAGGUUUGAAGUAUUGAUCACUAAACUAAAGCAGGAUCAGGCAGAAAUAGAUGCUAGAAUUUUAAAACUAGAGCAGGAUCAGGCAGAGAGAGAAGAUAAGAAAAAUCGCAAAUUCCAGACUAGAUGUAUCCAGAUAGCUAAGGAAAUUCUUAAUGAGGAAUCUAUUAUCGAAUAUCGCCCUCCUUUCUUAAAUGGAUUAGAGCUUGAUGCUUUCUUCCAAAAAUAUCGAAUUGCAUUAGAGGUGCAAGGGGCUCAGCAUCGACUUCAUAGCACUAGCUGGUAUAAGGAUGUUAAAAAACUCGAAGAUAUUGUUAAUCGUGAUCGGAAAAAAUGA